GCGAGGCAUCCCGGCAUGGAGCACGAACCCGGCGCCUUCCAGGCUGCGCUCUUCGCUUGGGGUGCAAAUAGCUACGGACAACUUGGCCUUGGCCAUAAGGAAGAUGUGCUUCUGCCCCAGCAGCUGAACAAUUUCUGGAAACCUGAAAAUGUCAGGAGGAUCACGGGAGGAGGAGGCCACUCAGUGGCUGUCACAGAUGAAGGAAGCCUUUUUGUCUGUGGUCUGAACAAAGAUGGGCAGUUAGGGCUGGGUCAUACAAAAGAUGUUCUAUGUUUUACUCGAUGCACAUCCCUCCUUGGCUGUCCCAUCCAACAAGUGGCCUGUGGCUGGGAUUUUACCAUCCUACUUACUGAAAAUGGUCAAGUUCUAUCAUGUGGCUCCAAUGCCUUUGGCCAACUGGGAGUUCCUCAUGGACCUCGAAGAUGUGUGGUUCCCCAGGCUGUUGAGCUCCUGAGAGAGAAGGUCAUCAGCAUUGCUGCAGGACUUAGACAUGCUUUGGCUGCUACAGCAAAUGGCAUCCUGUUCCAGUGGGGAACUGGCUUGGCAUCCUCUGGACGGCGGUUGUGCCCUGGACAGAUUUUGCCCCCAUUCUUGACAGCGAAGGAACCUAGCAGAGUGACAGGCCUUGAGAAUUCUAGAGCAAUAGGUGUUUUUGCUGGCUCAGAUCAUUCAGCUUCAUUAACAGAUUCAGGAGAGCUUUAUGUUUGGGGAAGCAACAAACAUGGGCAACUGGCCUCCCCGGCUGCUUUCCUGCCUCAGCCUCAGAAAAUAGAAGCCCAGUGUUUCCAGAAUGAGAAGGUCACAGCUGUCUGGAGUGGGUGGACACACCUGGUCGCGCAGACAGAAACUGGCAAGGUGUUUACCUGGGGCCGUGCUGACUAUGGUCAACUGGGGAGGAAAUUGGAGUUUUAUGAAGUCCAGAAACCACAAAAGCAGGAUUCAUCGCUUCUCUCCUUGACACCUCAGAAGAGCUCACCUUUACCUCUGCAUUGCUUAAUAGGAACAACUGAGGUCUCUUGUGGCUCAGAGCAUAAUCUGGCAGUGAUUGGUGGAACGUGCUACUCUUGGGGCUGGAACGAGCAUGGCAUGUGUGGAGACGGCAGUGAAGCCAACGUUGAAGUCCCAAAGCCUGUGCAGGCUCUGCAGCAGUGGCCAGGACUCCAUGUGGGUUGUGGGGCUGGCCACUCUCUGGCCCUGUGCCGACUGCCCUCCCUCCCCUUGCAGGGCUCCAACUCCAAGGAUGUUGGUCCUUCCCUGGGAGCUACUGCAGACACCAAACCUCCAGAAGCUGUCACAGCAGAGAAAGAGACCGGAAAAAAGGACAACUGGGAAUUCUAUGAAACACAGCCAGGGGUAGAUGCAAAUGGUUUAUGACCCAUGAAUAAAAUGACUUUUCUCA